AUGAAUUGUGAAGCUUGUAAUACCGACAUCAAAAAUGAUGACAAUGUCAAAUGUGUUCGUUGUAAGAAACAAUAUCACACAUUAUGCGUAAUUUUUUCCCAAGAAGAUGUGAAAGAUAAACAAACGUCGAAUAACUGGUUGUGUCCGCAUUGUCGCAGUAAACAACCAAGAGGUGAUAACUCCGGUACACCAGUGCGCCCUUCAACACCCACCUCAACAGCUGAUAUUACUUUCAACGUUACCCGCCGCAAGAUCGGCCAAACUAGGCCAGAACCACCACAAUAUACUGGCCUGUCCGCUGAGACCUGGCGCACGGAGAUACGCGAAAUAAUACGUGAAGAACUGCGUGAUGCCUUGCGGGAAGCUGUGGGUGCAUUGACAUCGGGGCUAGUCGCAAACCUCAAUGAAAUGAAGGAGGAAAUUAAUGAAUUUAAGUUGUCAAUGAAUUUUAUUAAUGGCGAGUUUGAGAAGCUCAAAUACGAAUGUAAUAUCCACCGUAAUGAAAUGAGUCAUAUGCGAAAACAAGAUGAAGCUUUGCACCUGGAACUCGUUGACACCAAGAGGAAAUAUGAACAAAUCGAUUAUUUGUUACGUGCCAACAACCUCGAAAUACAGUGUAUCCCGGAAAAGAAAUCCGAAAAUCUCAUAAGCAUCGUCAAACAACUUGGCCGCACCGUAGAUGUCACGUUGAACGAGGGUGACAUACAAUACUGCUCCAGAGUGGCGAAGUUGAAACCGGAUAGUACCCGUCCACGUUCUAUAUUAAUCAAAUUCAACAAUUCUCGCCUCCGUGAUACCGUGUUGGCGGCAGUGGCUACAUACAAUAAAACCCAUGCGCAGGAUAAGCUAAACACCCAUGAUUUGGGUUUUACUUCUAAUGGAAAGUCACCUGUAUUUGUUGUGGAAAACUUAUCACCAGAAAACAAAAACUUACAUGCCGCAGCCCGUAUUCGAGCUAAGGAAUUGAAAUAUAAGUUUAUUUGGGUACGAGGAGGUCGUAUUUAUAUGAGACAAAAUGAGACCGCCGUCGUUACCACUGAGGUAUCUGACGUCACCACUGAUGCUGCAACGGAAUCAGAAACCACUGUCGCUUCCACUACUGAGUCUGGCGUCGAAGGAGUGACCACCGAAGCCGAUGCUUCUUCCACCACUACCACUGAGGCUGACAGCAUUGUAGUCGUUACCACUGAGGUAUCUGACGUCACCACUGAUGCUGCAACGGAAUCAGAAACCACUGUUGCUUCCACUACUGAGUCUGCUUUUUCCACCACUUCCACUGAGGCGGAUAUUAGUAUUGUCGUUUCUUCUGCUAAGCCUACAGUUACUACUGGCUCAUCGGUUUCUAGUACAACAACUUAUAAAUCAUCAACAAUGAAGACGUCAACUUCGAAAACUACAACUGCUAAAAUAUCAACGCCUAAAACGUCUACUUCUCAUCCUGGUACGUAUGAAGGAAUUACAGACGCACCUUGCGAUGAAUUUAUUGAUGUUGUCGUUGAUGCUGGAUGCAACGAAGAUGUACUCGAAGAAGUUUCUGAUGCACCUUGUGAUGAAACAACUGAUUUUAGCUUAGACCCUGGCUGUAGUGAAGAUGUAACAGAUUUGUCGCUUAGUUCGUCAACACGUGUCCCUGUUGAAGAUAUAUCUUUGGAGGAUUAUUUGAUAACAACAUCCAAGUCUAUUUCUCCUGAUCAUAUUACGAAUGCGCCUUGUGAUGAUACUGUGAACAGCGGUGAAGAUGUUAUUUGCAGUGAAGAUGUUACAGACUCCUCGCUUAGUACUUCAAUUCCUGUUUCUGUUGAAGAUGAGUCUUUUGAACAUAAUGAAACAACAACGGCUAAAUCUGUUUCACUUGAUGGCAUUUCUGAUGCUCCUUGUGAAGAAACCGUGGAUGCCAAUGUAGAUACCAGCUGUAUUGAAGAUGCCACAGAUUCUGCACUUAGUACUUUACCUCCUAUUUCUACGGAAGAGGUACCUUUUGAAUAUAACGAGACAACCACGUCUAAGUCUGUUUCUCUUGAAGAAAUCACGAAUUCGCCUUGUAAUGAAACUGUGUAUGACAAUAUAGAGACUGUUUGUAGGGAAGAUGUCACAGAUUCCUUGCUUAUACCUUCAACUACUAUUUUUGAGGCUGAAGAUAAAGAGACAACUACUUCUAAGACAGUCGCGUUUGAAGAAAUCACAAAUGCACCUUGUGACGAAACAACGGUUGAUAGUCUGGAGGCUGAAUGCAAUGAAGAUAUUACUGAUUCCACAGUAUCAUCUACUUCUGAAAUCACGACCGCCGUUUUGGAUGAAGAAGUUACGUUUGAUCCUGCUGAAUCUGAAAUAUCUGAGUCGGUUUCACUUGAAGACAUAACUCAUGCACCCUGUGAUGAAACAGACGAUGCUAGCUUGGAUACUUAUUGUAGAGAAGAUGUGAUAGAGAUAGGUGCUGGUAGCGUUGACGCUAGUUGUAAUGAAGAUGUAACAAAAUCUACAGUCAGUACUGUGAAUCCAAACUCUGUGGACGAAAUUACUUUUGAAACUUCUACUCACGAUGCAUCAACUGUUGAAACAAUUAUGGUUGAAGAUUUUACAUCUCAAGCUGCUGAUGAGACUACUACAUUUGAGUCGGCCUCACUUGAAGAAAUAACUCACGCACCUUGUGAUGAAUCAGCUGCCGGUAGCUUGGAUACUUAUUGUAGUGAAGAUGUAACAGAAUCGACGGGUAGUACUGUAAGUCCAAACUCUGUAGAAGAAAUUACUUUUGAAACUUCUACUCACGAUGCAAUGACUAUUGAAACAAUUAUAGUUGAAGAUGUUACGUCUGAAGCUGUUGAUUCUGAAACUAAAACAUCUGAGUCUGCCUCACUCGAGGAAAUAACUCAUGCUCCUUGUGAUGAAUCAGCUGCUGAUAGCGUGGACGCUAUUUGUAAUGAAGAUGUAACAAAACCCACAGUUAAUACUGUGAAUCCAAACGCUGUCGAAGAUAAUACCUUUGAAACUUCUACUGUUGAAGCCACGACUACUCAAUCAAUUAUAGUUGACGAUGUUACAUCUCAAGCUGCUGAUAAGACCACUACACCUGAGUCGGCCUCACUUGAAGAAAUGACUCAUGCACCUUGUGAUGAAUCAGCUGCUGGUAGCGUUGACGCUAGUUGUAAUGAAGAUGUAACAAAAUCUACAGUCAGUACUGUGAAUCCAAACUCUGUGGAAGAAAUUACUUUUGAAACUUCUACUCACGAUGCAACAACUGUUGAAACAAUUAUAAUUGGAGAUGUGACAUCUCAAGCUGCUGAUGAGACUACUACAUUUGAGUCGGCCUCACUUGAAGAAAUAACUCACGCACCUUGUGAUGAAUCAGCUGCUGAUAGCUUGGAUACUUAUUGUAGUGAAGAUGUAACAGAAUCGACGGGUAGUACUGUAAGUCCAAACUCUGUAGAAGAAAUUACUUUUGAAACUUCUACUCACGAUGCAACGACUAUUGAAACAAUUAUAGUUGAAGAUGUUACGUCUGAAGCUGUUGAUUCUGAAACUAAGACAUCUGAGUCUGCCUCGCUUGAGGAAAUAACUCAUGCACCUUGUGAUGAAUCAGCUGCUGGUAGCUUGGACGCUAUUUGUAAUGAAGAUGUAACAAAACCCACAGUUAAUACUGUGAAUCCAAACGCUGUCGAAGAUAAUACCUUUGAAACUUCUACUGUUGAAGCCACGACUACUCAAUCAAUUAUAGUUGAAGAUGUUACAUCUCAAGCUGCUGAUAAGACCACUACACCUGAGUCGGCCUCACUUGAAGAAAUGACUCAUGCACCUUGUGAUGAAUCAGCUGCUGGUAGCGUUGACGCUAGUUGUAAUGAAGAUGUAACAAAAUCUACAGUCAGUACUGUGAAUCCAAACUCUGUGGAAGAAAUUACUUUUGAAACUUCUACUCACGAUGCAACAACUGUUGAAACAAUUAUAGUUGAAGAUGUUACAUCUCAAGCUGCUGAUGAGACUACUACAUUUGAGUCGGCCUCACUUGAAGAAAUAACUCACGCACCUUGUGAUGAAUCAGCUGCUGAUAGCUUGGAUACUUAUUGUAGUGAAGAUGUAACAGAAUCGACGGGUAGUACUGUAAGUCCAAACUCUGUAGAAGAAAUUACUUUUGAAACUUCUACUCACGAUGCAACGACUAUUGAAACAAUUAUAGUUGAAGAUGUUACGUCUGAAGCUGUUGAUUCUGAAACUAAAACAUCUGAGUCUGCCUCGCUUGAGGAAAUAACUCAUGCACCUUGUGAUGAAUCAGCUGCUGGUAGCUUGGACGCUAUUUGUAAUGAAGAUGUAACAAAACCCACAGUUAAUACUGUGAAUCCAAACGCUGUCGAAGAUAAUACCUUUGAAACUUCUACUGUUGAAGCCACGACAACUCAAUCAAUUAUAGUUGAAGAUGUUACAUCUCAAGCUGCUGAUAAGACCACUACACCUGCGUCGGCCUCACUUGAAGAAAUAACUCAUGCACCUUGUGAUGAAUCAGCUGCUGGUAGUUUUGAUUCUUAUUGUAGUGAAGAUGUAACAGAAUCGACGGGUAGUACCGCAAGUCCAAACUCUGUCGAAGAAAUUACUUUUGAAACUUCUACUCACGAUGUAACGACUAUUGAAACAAUUAUAGUUGAAGAUGUUACGCCUGAAGCUGUUGAUUUUGAAACUAAAACAUCUGAGUCUGCCUCGCUAGAGGAAAUAACUCAUGCUCCUUGUGAUGAAUCAGCUGCUGAUAGCGUGGACGCUAUUUGUAAUGAAGAUGUAACAAAACCCACAGUUAAUACUGUGAAUCCAAACUCUGUCGAAGAUAAUACCUUUGAAACUUCUACUCUUGAAGCCACGACUACUCAAUCAAUUAUAGUUGAAGAUGUUACAUCUCAAGCUGCUGAUGAGACUACUACAUUUGAGUCAGCCUCACUUGAAGAAAUAACUCACGCACCUUGUGAUGAAUCAGCUGCCGGUAGCUUGGAUGCUUAUUGUAGUGAAGAUGUAACAGAAUCGACGGGUAGUUCCGUAACUCCAAACUCUGUAGAAGAAAUUACUUUUGAAACUUCUACUCACGAUGCAACGACUAUUGAAACAAUUAUAGUUGAAGAUGUUACGUCUGAAGCUGUUGAUUCUGAAACUAAAACAUCUGAGUCUGCCUCGCUUGAGGAAAUAACUCAUGCACCUUGUGAUGAAUCAGCUGCUGGUAGCUUGGAUGCUUAUUGUAGUGAAGAUAUAACAGAAUCGACGGGUAGUACCGUAAGUACAAACUCUGCCGAAGAGAAUACAUUUGAAACUACUCUUGAUGCAACGACUGCUAAAAUAAUUGUAAUUGAAGAUAUUACAUCUGAAGCUGCUGAUGUUGAGACCACUACAUCUGAGUCGGCCUCACUUGAAGACAUAACUCAUGCACCUUGUGAUGAAUCAGCUGCUGGUAGCUUGGAUGCUUAUUGUAGUGAAGAUAUAACAGAGUCCACUAGUAGUACAACAGUUAGUUUAGCUUCUUUCGAAGAAACAACAUUUGAAUCGUCCACUUCUGAAGCAACGACCAGUAAUACCGUAACAGAGGAAGACAUUAAUUUUGAAAAAACUACUGUUGAAGUUACCAAUUCUGAAACUACAGUGUCUGAACCAGUCUCACACAAGCCAAUAACCAAUGCACCGUGUGAUGAAACGAUCGAAAGUACUUCAAACGUUGGUUGUAACGAAGAAGUAACUAAACUUUUUGAUAACACUAUGAGUACAGUUCCUGUCGAAGAAAUUACUUUCAACCCAUCUGUUCGAAUCGAAACUACCACUGGUUUGACCGAAGAGAUUUCUCUUGAAUCUUCCACAACUGAAUCGACUAGUACAAGCGACAUUAUAUUAGAAAUUAGCUCGGAAGUGUCAUCUACUGAACAGGUUAUAAUCGAUACUCCUGAAUCAGAGUCUACUAAUGAUGAACACCCCACCAGUAGUAAUGAAAGACUAACUGAUGACGCAGAAACUACAACUAGUAAUCCAGUCUCAGUUGACGAAGUAACUUAUGAAACAUCUACAGUAAAUGUAAUUAGUGAGGACAUUACCACUGAAAUAUCUGAUACUGCUAUUAGAGUAGAAACUGAGCCAUCGGAAUCAGAAGCCGUUGAAGAGACUACCAAAGUUGACGUCACUACGCCAGUGACAACUGAAGCUGUUGCCACUGAAGCAAUUGAACUGGAUGCAAUUGACUCUUACUGUGAGGAAGAUGAUAUACCGGUCUUGCGAACAACGACGACGACUACGACCACACAAAAGUCUGUACUUGAUAAAUUAAUUGGUGGCUUAACUUGGUGGUGAAACUGGAUGAGUUGAUUCUUAUACCUAUUAUGACUUGAAAUUGAAACACACAAAAUAGCAACACAGGCAAGAAUGAGGGAUAUCGCUCUAUCAUCUACUAUAAUAAUUUGUAAUCAAUUUUCUAUUAUUUUAUGAAAUAUUUAAAUUCGAAUGAUUUCACCUAUACUACUUUAGUAACAUGUUAUUAUCCCACUGUUGUAGUAAAGUGGAUAAACGUACGCCUCAUG